AAACUAGUCAUUAAUGGUCGGCAACAUAGGUACCCUUUUUCGGUAUGCGUUGCGAACACUUUCAUUUUUAGCGUCUCAUCUUCUCUGGAGAAGCUCAAAUCGAACGGAUAGAGCAGAUGGUCCAACUACAGAACUUCUUCUUUUUCAUUACUUCCAUGGUCGUGCCCCGUGGCACGGCAGCACCCGUACUAUUGAAAUGGUUCGUCAGUAGAGAUGUUCCCACUGGUGCCUCUUCUUCCAAUGGUACUAUAAUUCCUAUUCCUAUCCCUUUAUUCCCUUUUUUGGUCUAUCUACAUUUAAGGAAAUUCAUACGCUCCAUGGACAGAGCUAAAAGUGGAGUGUUGGUCAAAGCAAGCCGCCCUAUUCUAUUACCAGACAAAAUGGAGAGAAGCUCAUCCGCUAGAAAUGCUUUAUUUCGUUUCGUUCCCGUUCUUCAUUUCCUUAUUAUCGAAUCCAUGGGGGACUUGUCAUAUUUAGAAUCUUUCUGCGGUCUGCUCUGUUUACAAUUCUUUCGUACUCUCUUCUCUUUACCACGCGAUAGGUCAGCGAAGCGUGAGCGGGCGCUCCGAAGUAAAGGCCAAACACUUCGGCCUAAGGGGAAUGAGCAACAAAAUGACAAGAUGAGGUGCCCCGGGCACCCCCAUAUAGAAAGAAGGGUCGAAGGUUUUGGGCCUGUAGCUUUCCCCGCCCCCCCCUCGUCGAGUGGUGCUUGUUUGGGGGGUGUGCCACCAGAAAGCGGGCUUGAAGCUCUCGCCUUACCAACGAGCCGACUGCUGAUGGCUGUUGGUCACGACUACUACAAAAAAGUGAAGAUGAAUCUUUCUAUUUCACAUGGAGGAGUGUGCAUCUUUAUGUUGGGUGUUCUUCUGUCGUGCGACCCGAUGGCUUAUGUGCGACCUGUGGCCCACGCCUCCUAUUCUAUUUGUUCAGGGCGGGCGGCGUGAACUCUGAUUCGAUCCGGGUAU